CGACCACAUGCCAUUAUUCAGCCCAGACAUAUAUAUAUAUGUAUCAUUCUUCCUUCGCACCUCUCCAUCAGCAUCUUCGAACACCGCCAUCAUCCAGUCUUCUCAAUUGACCAACGAACAUCUCAAUCUUCCAAAAUCUAAACAUCUACCCUUUCAAAUCUCCGAACAUGGUCUCCUUCACAGUAUUCAAAGGCUCUAAGGACGGUUCCAUCCAGAGGAGCACCACCUACAAGCCCGCACUCACUGGCAACCAAGUCCUUGUCCGCGUCACUGCUUCCGGCGUCUGCGGUACAGAUGAACACUACCGAGGCCAAGAUAUGGUCCUAGGCCACGAGGGCAUGGGCGUUGUUGAAGAAGUCGGCCCCGGGGUCCAGCACUCCAAGAAGGGCGACCGCGUUGGAUGGGGAUAUGAGACCAAUGCGUGUGGGCAUUGCGAGUUCUGUCUCACUGGCCGUGAGACGUUCUGCCCAGAGCGCGAGACGUACGGGGCUAGCAACUUUGAUCAGGGAUCUUUCGCACACCAAGCCGUUUGGAGCGAAAACUUUCUUUUCAAGAUCCCAGACUCCAUCCCAGACGAGGAGGCCGCGCCCCUGAUGUGCGGUGGCGCUACUGUCUUCAAUGCCCUUCGCAUGUACGACAUACAGCCCGAUUCGAGAGUGGCCAUCAUCGGCGUCGGCGGGCUCGGCCAUUUGGCCAUCCAAUUCGCGUCGAAGAUGGGCUGUGAAGUCGUCGUCUUCAGCGGAUCCGAGUCAAAGAGAGAGGAGGCUAAAGCCUUUGGCGCCAGCGAGUUCUUCGCCACAAAAGGCGUGAAGGAGCUCGAUAUCGGAAGGAAGAUCGAUUGUCUGUUGGUUACUACCAGCUUCCAGCCUGACUGGAACUUCUACCUCCCCCUCAUGAACAUGGACAGUGUCAUCAUUCCCUUAUCCGUCGCGGCGGGUAAUUUGGAAAUCCCAUACAUGCCCCUUAUCCUCCAGGGGAUUCGCAUCCAGGGAUCUCUCGUCGCCAGUCGCGGUAUACAUACGCGCAUGCUUGCGUUUGCCGCUCAGCACAGCAUCAAGCCUACGGUGAUGAAGUUCCCAAUGAACGUGGAUGGAAUCACGGAUGCGCUGCAGACGCUUAAUGAUGGGAAGAUGAGGUACCGGGCUGUUCUAAUGCCUGAGAAAGUGUAAGUGGUGUGUCUGGGUAUUUCUGGCAUAGAUGGUGUUUUGGGAAUCUGGAGCAAGCGAGCAUUCUAAUAUAAUUAUCCUCAAAAUUGCGCUUGGUAGCGUAUUGAUAGCAU